AUCCUGUUUUGGAUUCUCUCUAAUGGCGACCGAAGCACCAGAGCAACUCGCCGCCGACGAAGUCAAAUCCAUGUCGAUCUCCGACGAGGUCAAACCGCCGUCGGUCGCCGCCGAAUCUCAGCCCUCUAGCUCGUCCGCUACUCCAUCCGUCCCGCUGAGCUUGGUUGAGAAGUACGAUAUCUUGAGGAGUAUCGCGGAGGAGUGUGUCCAAGACGAGGAGCUCAAGAAGUUGCUGGCGAACAAGGCCGAGCCGAUCUGCUACGACGGAUUCGAACCUUCCGGUAGGAUGCAUAUCGCUCAGGGAGUUUUGAAGGCGAUUAAUGUGAACAAGAUGACUUCCUGUGGCUGUAGAGUGAAGAUAUGGAUUGCGGAUUGGUUUGCGCAGCUGAACAAUAAGAUGGGGGGAGAUUUGAAGAAGAUUGAGACUGUGGGGAAGUACUUCAUUGAGAUAUGGAGGUCUGUGGGGAUGAAUCUGGACGAUGGGAAAGUUGAGUUCUUGUGGUCUUCGAAGGAGAUCAAUGAGAGGGCGCAUGAGUACUGGCCGCGUGUGAUGGACAUUGCCAGGAAAAACAAGCUUCCGAGGAUUAUCAGGUGUAGUCAAAUUAUGGGCCGAUCGGAUCAAGAUGAGUUGACUGCUGCCCAGAUCCUCUACCCAUGUAUGCAAUGCGCAGAUAUUUUCUUCCUGCAGGCUGACAUCUGUCAACUGGGAAUGGAUCAACGUAAAGUGAAUAUGCUCGCACGAGAGUACUGUGACGACAUCAAGAAGAAAAACAAGCCUAUUAUUUUGUCACACCAUAUGCUACCCGGUUUACAGCAAGGACAGGAUAAAAUGUCGAAAAGUGAUCUAUCCUCCUCGAUAUUUAUGGAAGAUGAAGAGGCGGAAGUGAACACAAAGAUAAAGAAGGCUUACUGUCCUCCAGGAACGGUUGAAGGCAAUCCCUGUUUGGAGUACGUACAGUACCUCAUUUUCCCUUGGUUUGAUGAGUUUACAGUAGAGCGCAGCGAGAAGAAUGGUGGAAAUACAACUUUCACAAAGUUUGAAGUUUUGAGUGCUGCUUAUGCAAAGGGUGAGGUGCAUCCUGGCGACCUCAAACCGUCUUUGGCAAAAGCAUUGAAUAGGAUACUGGAGCCUGUACGAUCCCAUUUCAAGAAUGACAAAGCUGCCAAACAGCUCUUACAAAGUGUAAAGAACUAUAGAGUCACCAGGUGAUGACAGUAAUGGAGCUAGGACUCCUCACCUUUGCCCCUACUUUCUCGCAAAUAUGGGGUGAAUAGACCCCAUAGGGGAUUCUUCCUUUGUGCUCAUCUUGGAGCUUCUGUUGUUCAGGGUUUAUUGACAUUGUAGCAAAAUUAUACUCAGAGAUAAGAAUAUUGACAUCCUGGUGUUUUUAAAUUGAUUUCAUUCCAUAUAGUGAACAAUUGACCUGCUAACGUAAUUUCACAUAUAUCAAACUCUGCUCCUUUUCUUCCAAAGAGAAAGUUUCCAACUCUGGCCAUUUUGUAUGGUGAAUAAAGAAAAUCAUAGUAAAAUAUGUGAUGUU